AUGACUUCAACGCUAUCUCCAUGUUUUGAUCCUCAUGUUUACUCAAGUGGCCGGUGGCUGUAUCGUGACAAACUCGAGCGCGACGCGCGCCAUGUUGACUUCAGCUUUGAAGCUUUGCGUCAGAAGGUGAUCGAGCUAUGUCCUGGAGCUGUGGCAAUCACGGACUGUCAGAAGCUCGAGGGCGGAUUCAAUCGAGUCUUUAUAUUCACCAUGGACAAUUGCAAACAAAUAGUCGCCAGACUGCCUUUCACCCUCGCUGGACCGGCAAGAUUAACGACAGCAUCGGAGGUUGCCACAGUCAAGUACCUCCAGACCAACACUAGUAUCCCCAUACCGGAAAUUCUCGACUGGAGUGAUGACGCGAAAGAUGCCAGGAAUCUCAUUGGACACGAAUACAUUAUUAUGGCGCAUGCCGAUGGCGUUCCGCUGAGUCAUAAAUGGCCGGCGAUGGCCGGCGACCAGCGAGUCAAAUGCAUCGAUGCUAUCUAUAACACGAUGAAAGAAGUGAUUGAUCUUCACUUCCCUGUUUAUGGUAGUAUAUAUCUCACCCAUAGUUUACCGAUUUCCGACCCCAGGGAGUCCUUCCAGUUGGAUGAAGAUUUCUGUAUUGGACCCCACUGCGGAACUCGAUAUUGGGAUUGCAACGUGGGGGAUGAGCGGUAUUAUCACAAAGUCAAUCCGAAUCAUGGGCCUUGGUCCAACCUCAGUACCUACAGCGACGGUCUCAUAGAUGCCGGACUAUCGCGCCUUCCGCCAACAAAUACCAACUUCAAAGCCAAGCCGCCCUAUCAAGGCUCCGUUCAGUCACAUGUAAUGCUAUUACAUCGCUGCAGAGCUCUGCUUCAGCAGAUGUCCACUCAUCAGGACAUUAUCAGUGCGUCUGCGCCCGUAUUAUUCCAUCCUGACCUGCACAAACGAAAUAUUUUUGUUUCGGAACACAACCCUUCCAUGAUCACGGGCAUUAUAGAUUGGCAAGGAAGCAGUGUCGAGCCCGCUUUUUGGUAUGCGGAUGAAGUUCCCGAUUUUGCCAUUCCGCAGGAACAAGGGGAUGAUGUCUGCGCUAAAGCGUACGAUGUGUGUUCGCAAUUCCUGAUGCCCAGGCUUGCUGGCCCGAGGCUGAUGGAUGAGAACCUCUUUCGGCCAUUUCGCUAUUCUUAUCGAACGUGGAAGGACGGUGCAGUUGCUCUACGCCAUGAUAUAAUUCAGACAGCCCGACAAUGGAACCAAUUGGGAUUUGAUGGACAGUGUGUGUAUCCACUCCUAUCAGCUGUAGAACUGGCACGCCAUAAAGAAGAAUAUCAGCUGUUCAAAGCGGCGCAGCAUUUAAAGCGCGAUCUUUCAAGCUUGCUGAACUCGGCAACUGAUGGGUGGGUUCCUGCAGAUCGCUGGGAGGAGACUAACCUAGCCCAUAUUGAAUUAUUUCAUGGGAUCUUGCAGGCCGUUGUGACCAACACCGAUCUGGAAGAUGAACCGGUGAAAGACGCAGAGACCUUACGAUCGAUUUGGCCAUUUGAUAUCGAGGAAUAA